AGGAGCACUGGGAGUGUUUGUCAGGAUAUGGGACGAGCGGAGGGGCGCAGCAGGGACUUUACAGGAACAAGCAACCGUGCCUUCACUCCUUCACCGCAAAAACUCCCUAUCCCAGGUCAUGCACUGAGUCCCAGACACAAUCAGCUGGAACAUGUACACCACGGAGCGCAGGCGGAUGAGCCUGCGCGCAGCAAAGAGGAAGGAUCCAGUGUGGGUGUCCGCUGGAAGUUUGUGGCAGGACUCCUCGGUGCUGGAGCUGACAGCCAGCAACGGCGGCUCGGGUAAACAGGUCGUCUCCCCGCGAAGCAGGACCAGGGCGGUAUCCGUGGCUUACAUCGUCAGCGAGGACGCGUCUGUGCCCCAAACAGAGGAGAACCUGUCACUGAAAUGUCUGAAGGAAGCCUGCGCGGACGCUCACGCCUCCUUAAAAACCAUUUCAUUCGAUAAAAUAUCAGUGGGAACCACAGACAUCCUGGAUAGUUUCUAUAAUGCAGAUGUAGCAGUGGUGGAGAUGAGCGACUCUUUCUGCCAGCCGUCUCUUUUCUAUCAUCUGGGAGUGAGAGAGAGCUUCAGCAUGACUAAUAACAUCAUCCUGUAUUGUUAUAAGCAGGAAAGCGAUCUACAGGCUCUCAAGGAGCAGUGUGGGUGUUACACCUUCAUCCCGUACGUGGUGUCACCUCAGGGCAAAGUGUUUGCCUGUGACGCCACCAUGAUGACCUGCAUGAAAGAGCUGAUUCAGCCUAGUUUACAGCUGGAGCCCCUUCUCACCCCGCUGGUGGAGAGAUUGGUACACCUGCUGAACAACGUGCACAUUCAGUCCAGCGAGUACUUCAGGGAGUCUCUGAGGCAAGAGAUCCGGAUGGCACGGGAGCGAUUUAGUGGGAAAGCCCUGAGCGAGGAGCUGAACCACAUCCAGAGUCGCCUGGAUAGCGUAGAUCUGCUCACGCCUGAUAUAGUCAUGAACCUGCUGUUGUCCUACCGAGAUGUUCAGGAUUAUGAUGCCAUGAUCAAACUGGUUGAGACUCUCAACAAUCUGCCUAUGUGUCAGGCUGCAAGGCAUCAGAAUAUAAAGUUUCAUUAUAUAUUUGCUCUAAACAGGAGGAAUCGCCCCGGCGAUCGAGCAGAGGCUCUGAAAUUAAUCUUACCCAUUGUGGAGUCUGGAGACAAAGUGGCAUCAGAUGUCUACUGCCUGUGUGGACGGAUCUACAAAGACAUGUUCAUGAGCUCAGGCUUCACAGAUGUGUCCAGCAGAGACCAGGCCUGCUACUGGUAUGGGAAAGCGUUUGAGGUAGAGCCAAGCCUCCACUCUGGAAUCAACAGCGUGAUCCUCCUGAUGGCAGCUGGACAUGAGUUUGAGACUUCUAUUGAGCUGCGCAAAAUAGGUGUUACCAUAAGCACCCUGCUCGGCAGAAAGGGCAGUUUGGAGAAGAUGACGGAAUACUGGGAUGUAGGUUUCUACCUUGGAGCAAAUAUUCUUGCUAAAGAGUUCAGGAAAGUCAUAGAAGCUUCUGAGAAGCUCUACAGACUAAAGGCUCCUGUUUGGUAUCUGGCAUCCAUUAUGGAAACAUACAUCCUGUAUCGCCAGUUUGCCAAGCCCCCUGAGGUGCGGUCUCCCAAACAAGAUACAGUUGACUUCUGGAUGGAGCUGCUUUUGCAAUCCUGCAAACCCACCAUCUCGACAAAUCGCUGCCCUGUGCUCAUUCUGGAGCCCAGUAAAGUCUUCCAGCCGUCUAUUGUGAGCGUGAGCGAAGAGGACGAGAGUCGCACUGUUCAGCUAAAACAUGUCACUCCUUUGAAGAAAGGCCUACAUCAGUGGACUUUCCCAGCUAAUGCAAUCCGAGGAGUGAGUGCGUCAAAGAUCGAUGAGAGGAGCUGCUUCCUGUACGUUCACUAUAAUUCUGAUGACUUCCAGCUUUGCUUCCCGUCAGAGAUCCACUGUAAGGGUUUCUGCGAGUUGGUGAACUCUCUACUUCACCAGGCUGAAAACCUUACUCAGGACCCCCAACUUCUAACUCAGGGAAUACUUGAGUUCGUCUAUGAGACCAAUGAGAAUGGAGACAGGGUUGUUCUUGGGAAGGGGACGUAUGGUGUGGUGUACGCUGGUAGAGACCUCAGCAACCAGGUCCGCAUCGCCAUUAAAGAGAUUCCUGAAAAAGACAGCACGUACUCGCAGCCGCUCCACGAGGAAAUAGCUCUACAUAAAAGGCUGAAACACAGGAAUAUUGUCCAGUAUCUUGGCUCCAUCAGUCAGGAUGGAUUCAUCAAGAUCUUCAUGGAAGAAGUACCAGGAGGAAGUCUGUCGUCUCUGCUGCGAUCUAAAUGGGGCCCUUUGAAGGACAACGAAGCCACCAUCAUCUUCUACACCAAGCAGAUCCUCGAGGGACUAAAGUAUCUCCAUGACAACCAGAUUGUCCACAGAGACAUUAAGGGCGACAACGUUCUCAUCAACACCUACAGCGGCGUGUUAAAGAUCUCUGAUUUUGGGACCUCCAAGCGGUUAGCAGGGAUCAAUCCCUGCACUGAAACAUUUACGGGAACACUUCAGUACAUGGCUCCAGAAAUUAUAGACCAGGGACCUCGAGGUUAUGGGAAGCCUGCUGAUAUCUGGUCCCUGGGGUGCACUAUCAUAGAAAUGGCAACAGGCAAGCCUCCCUUUCACGAGCUGGGAAGUCCUCAGGCAGCCAUGUUUAAGGUGGGCAUGUUUAAAAUCCACCCGAAGGUUCCUGGGUGCAUGUCAGAUGAAGCCAAGGGCUUCAUCAUGAGCUGCUUUGUGCCAGACCCAGACGACAGAGCCACAGCGUCAGAGCUGCUGAACGACGCCUUUCUCAGGUCAUCCUCCAAGAAAAGAACCAAACUCCCAAAGGAGCCAGACUUAAAAGAAACAGCUGAUUACCAGCGGAGUUUAUCUGUGCCCAUCUCCAUCUUCGUGGAGGACACAGAUUCGGACACGAGUUCGAUUGACUUGGCUUCUUCUUUGGACCUGAGAAAGCAGUGGUCAUCCAUCAGAGGGACGGAGAUCUCAGAGAGCCCCCCCUGCUCAAGUGGCUUUCUGUCAACACCAUAUGACUCUGCAUCAGGAAUGUGCAGCCCAGCCUCAUCGGAGGAGAACAUCGGGCUCUUUAUGCUGCGAAAGGAUAGUGAGAGACGAGCCACGCUCCACAGAGUCCUCACUGAGUACAUCUGCCAUGUCGUCACUAAUAUACAGGAGUCUAUACCUCAGUGCGAUGAAGGAUCAUCACUUCGAGAGGACCACAUCGUCACCCUUAUUAGCUGCCUGCGUGAAAACAUCCGCUCCCCCGACAGAAAGCAGCUUGCUAGUGGCCUUCUGGAGCUUCGAUCCAGUUUGUUAGCAGCAGCAAUACCCCUGAACAGCCUGCAGGCAGUGCUCUUUAACUUCCAAGAUGCAGUGAAGAAGGUUUUGAAACAACAGCUUGUGAAACCUCACUGGAUGUUUGCUCUGGACAAUCUGCUGAGACAAGCUGUGCAGGAUGCCAUAACUGUCCUGCUGCCAGAGCUGAAACUUCAUCUGCAGUCCUCGUUUGAGAUGGAGGACAGCAUUCCUGAGGAGCAAUCUGUUGACCCAGACACUCCUAUAGUUCUCGACCCUGACCAGGCGGUGGCGCCAAGAGACACUCAGGAGGCGGAAAACGGGAAUGAGAAUGGGACCACAGAGAGUCCCAACUCCCUAAAAGCUGUCUUUAUCGACAGCAACCGUCCUCUCAGCGAGAAAUUGAAAGACCUGAGAGUGGAGACCAGGAGACUGCUGAAUGAGCUGAGUGAGAAGGAAGAAGAGUACCAGGGGCUCCUGAGAAACUCUGUGCUGAAAAAACAGGAGCAGAUAGAUGAGCUGAGGAAAAUGUUCACCGAUGAUGAGAGCAGUUUGAACUCAAAAAAAGACUCUAAAGAGACUAAAGGUUUGGUUUGCUGGCUCAGAUCUGUUCCUGUGGAUCAAGAAACCAUCGAUAAGCUGCUCUCUCAUGAAUUCACCUUGGACUGUCUCCUCCACAUCGCCUCCAGGGAUGACUUGAUGUACUGUGGGUUAAGGGGCGCAAUGCUGUGUCGACUCUGGGCGGCCAUUGUGGCUCGGAGGAAGACCCAUCUAAACACGCACAUCAAGGACAGCGAGGACACCCAGCUUUAACGGCUGCUAAAUUAAACGUCUAAGGACAGUUUACCUGACAGGCUGGCCCUGUGUGACUUGGAGGAAAAGCUGCUGAUUGAAAGCAGAUCUUAGUUACUGUGAAUUAAUUUAGGAAAUAUAAACAUUUGUGUAUGUAAGUAGAAAUGAAUAUUUUUUAGUUAUAUUUUAGAUGUAUGUUUUCUAAAUAUCCUCAGGGCUUUAGUGUGUGGAUUUGUAUUUAUUAGAUAAAGAAACCUAGAUGAGUAUUAAUAUGUGGAAAAAUGACCAACUUUUUAAACUUUUUUUAUUUCUAAAGACAGAAACUAGUUUAACUUAUAAACACUUUUAGGACAAACCACCCUGAUUUGUAUUGUACUGCAUAGAAAAUGAAUUUAUAUAAUAAAACUGUAUUGUCCUCA